UCAAGCUGUGUCGGCGCACAUUGCACAUCACUGCUGUCCCCUGACUCUCCGCGCGAGGUCAAGGACUGGACUCCCGCUGAGUCUCUCAGCAACCAUGCCGAAGCAUACCAAGCUGCCAAAGAGGUUCUGGAUCGCCAGAGAGCAGAUAUCAGGCUUGAUAUUGAGAUGAAGCGAGCAAAGACAGAGUUGCCGGCUGAAUGGUGGAAGAAGCUGUCUAAGGGUGAACUUGGAACGGAUGCUAGGCAGCGAGGAUCGCCCCCGCCCGAGCCUACCCUGACAGCCGUGAAAGCAUCUGAGCUGGCGUUCGUCGGUCAUCCUUCCGAGCUUGAUCGGUUCACACUCAUAACGCCGACCUUCAUCACUCACGCUCACCGAACGGAGCCUUUGCACCUUCUACACAACACAAGACACGGACUUGCUCCUUUCAGCUCCACGUCUCAGCAUCCCCUGGCAAUCUCACAGCCUGUAGAUCACCAACCACCAGUUGUACAUCAACCACAGCAGCGGCCUCAGUAUCAGCGGCACCAACAACCGCUGCUCAUUGUUUCAUCCGUGGACACAACGCCCGUCUCGUCAUCGGCCAAGCAAAACAAGCAUCACACGUCUCCAAGUGAGCCAGAUGGAGUCCUCAGUCUUCUUCAAGUUCAAGUCUCAGAAAGAGUCCACCUCAACACAACACAAAAGGCGGACAUGCUCCUCUCACUUCCAUGUCUCGGGGCCACAGUCAAUGGCCAACGCAGUCAGCCUUUGACUUGAGUGUCUAGGCUUGCCUUCGGCGUGGUGACACUCCUGGACCCUGUUUGGCUCGCAUCAACCUAAACUCAAUAUGGAGUCCUCGGUCGCGCUUCUGUGACACAACUUCUCGUCCUCUCGCAUCUCUCUCUUCCAUCAGACAUCGGCUCUUCACAUCACAUCCAACGUGCC